UUAUGAAUGCUCCUUUGGAUGUUUAACUCAUUACAUCAAGCAUGAGCUGUGUGAUCUGCCUAGAGAUCAGAGGCAAUUAUUUCCAGUUAGAGAAGGAAACCAAUGCCUGGCAUUCUCACCAGCUCUCUACCUGCCAUGAUCAAGUGUUUGUCAGUUGAAGUACAAGCCAAAUUGCGUUCUGGUCUGGCCAUAAGCUCCCUAGGCCAAUGUGUUGAGGAACUUGCUCUCAAUAGUGUUGAUGCUGAAGCAAAAUGUGUGGCCAUCAGGGUAAAUAUGGAGACCUUCCAAGUUCAAGUGAUAGACAAUGGAUUUGGGAUGGGGAGUGAUGAUGUAGACAAGGUGGGAAAUCGUUACUUCACUAGUAAAUGCAACUCGGUACAGGACUUGGAGAACCCAAGGUUUUAUGGUUUCCGAGGGGAGGCCUUGGCAAGUAUAGCUGACAUGGCCAGCGCUGUGGAAAUUUCAUCCAAGAAAAACAGUACAAUGAAAACUUUUGUGAAACUGUUUCAGAAUGGAAAAGCCCUGAAAGCCUGUGAAGCUGAUUUGACUAGACCAAGUGCUGGGACAACAGUAACAGUAUAUAACCUAUUUUACCAGUUACCUGUAAGGAGAAAAUGCAUGGAUCCUAGACUAGAGUUUGAGAAGGUUAGGCAGAGAAUAGAAGCUCUCUCACUCAUGCACCCUUCCAUUUCUUUCUCUUUGAGAAAUGAUGUUUCUGGUUCCAUGGUUCUUCAGCUCCCUAGAACCAAAGACAUAUGUUCCCGAUUUUGUCAAAUUUAUGGACUGGGUAAGUCCCAAAAGUUAAGAGAAAUAAAUUUUAAAUAUAAGGAGUUUGACAUUAGUGGCUAUAUCAGCUCUGAAGCACAUUAUAAUAAGAAUAUGCAGUUUUUGUUUGUGAACAAAAGACUAGUUUUAAGGACAAAGCUGCAUAAACUAAUUGACUUUUUAUUAAGGAAAGAAAGUGUUAUAUGCAAGCCAAAGAAUGGCUCUACCAGUAGGCAAAUGAAUUCAGGUCCUCGGCAUCGGUCUACCCCAGAACUCCAUGGGAUAUAUGUAAUAAAUGUGCAGUGCCAAUUCUGUGAAUAUGAUGUAUGCAUGGAGCCAGCAAAAACUCUGAUUGAGUUUCAGAACUGGGAUACUCUCUUGGUUUGCAUUCAGGAAGGAGUGAAAAUGUUUUUAAAGCAAGAAAAAUUAUUUGUGGAAUUAUCAGGUGAGGACAUUAAGGAAUUUAUUGAAGAUAAUGAUUUUAGUUUAUUUGGUGCUACUCUUCAGAAGCAUGUCUACUCUGAUGAGAAGUGUGACAAGGGAAGUUUCCAGGAGGCAUGUAAUAAUAUUUUGGAUUCCUAUGAAAUGUUUAAUUUGCAGUCAAAAGCUGUGAAAAGAAAAGCUACUAUAGGAAACAUAAACACAGAGAAGUCAAGGGAUUCAGGAGCUAUCAAAAAAAUGACAGAUGAUUCAUUUUUAUGCACUUAUGAAUCAGAUGGCCCAGGCCAUGGUAAAAUGACAGAGUCAUCUUUACACAACAAAGAUAGCUCUUGUUCAGAAUCAAGGAUGUUAGAACAAGAGACAGUUGAAGCAUCAGAAUCAGGAAAAAAUGAGAAACAUAAAAAAUCUUGCUUGGAAAAUAACUCAUUAGAAAAUCCAUGUGGAACAAGUUCAGAAAUGUUUUCAAGCCCUUUUCAGGCACCACAUCACUUUGAGGAGGGUGCAGAAGAUCUAGAAAUACAGAAAGUAGGUACUACUGUUAAUGGCAUGGCUGCCAGCAUCCAGAAAAAUAAUAGAAUUCAGAAUCAACUAGAGAGAUUUAAAGAUGCUACUGAAAUGGGAUACCAACCUCUGCCUUUUGAGACAACAUUACUGAGAGUACAUAGUCCGCAGAGAGAGAAAGAGAAAAAAAAAGAACCCAGUAACUGGGGAAGAAUAAAUGUUUUUAGUUAUGGACAAGUUAAAUUAUGUUCCACUGGCUUUAUAACUCAUGUGGUACAAAAUGAGCAAACUAAAUCAACUGAAACAGAACAUUCAUUUAAAAAGUAUGUUCAACCUGGUCCUGCAAAUGCCCAAGAAACAUUUGGAAAUGGAACACAUCAUUCAGUCGAGACUCCAAACGUUGAAGAUUUAACCAGUACUUUAAGUAAAGAAUCUGCUCAACUGCCCAACAAGAAAUUUUGCAGAACAGAUAUAAGUUAUGGGCUAGAGAACAAACUUGUAGGAACUUAUAAAAAUUUUGCUAUUUUUCAGGAAGAUAGUAAAAAAUCACACACAGGUUGCUUAUUAACUGAUACAUCGUCUUCUUUCCCUUGGUAUAGACAUGUUUCAAAUGGUAGUAAAAACACAGAUAAAAUGGUUGGUUCCUCCAAACUCACAGCACGUAAGAAGCUAUGCUUGAGUUCACAACUAGGAUCUUUAGAGAAGUUUAAGAGGCAAUUUGGGAAGGUUAAAAAUCCUGUGGAUACAGAAGUGCUGGAAAAUAAUAUUGAAGUCACUAUUAAUCUCAGUCCUCCAGUUGAACCUGACAUUCCACCCAAGGACAAGGACCACUUACACAAUUCUGAUAUUUGUAAAAUCACAACUAUGAAGCAUAAUGAUUCACAUGAUAGUUGUCAACCAGUAAGUCACAUCCUUUACUCAGAGAAGUUUCCAUUGUCCAAGGAAGAAGAUUGUUUGGAACAACAGAUUCCUUGUUUGAGAGAAAGUCCUAUAACUCUACAGGAGUUAUCUCACGUUAACAGAAAGGCUUUGGAUGUUGAGAAGUCAGCUGAAUCACUAGCCUCUAAAUUAUCCAGAUUGAAGGGGUCGGAAAAAGAGACUCAAACAAUGGAGAUGAUGAGUCAUUUAAAUGAACUUCCAAAUUCAGAUUCUUGUAGGAUAGACAGUGACUUGUGCAGUAGGCUAACCCUAGAUUUUUGUAAGUUAUUUAAAAAUGAGCAUAAAAAAACAGAGAGGAGCAUCAUCCCAGUGUCAGAAUCUGUCACACAGGAUAAUUCCUUCAAUAAAGAUAGUGAAACACAUUUUAACAACAGUACCACAGAGAACUCUGUAAUAUCAGAAACUCCUUUGGUAUUACCCUGUAAUUCUAAAGUUAUCAAUAAAGAUUCAGAUGUUCUUGUCAGAGCUUCGGAACAACAAAUAGAAAGUCCCGACUCUCCCAGCAGAAUGUUAAUGAGUCAGGUAGGAGAUUCCACAGCUGACCAAAAUGGAAUUUGUUUUCAGAGUGAGAAAUCUAAAGCAAGAGCUUGUUCUGAAAAUGAAGAGUCAAACACAUGUUCUUCGGAUUGGCAGCAGCAUUUUGAUGUAGCCCUGGGAAGAAUGGUUUAUAUCAACAAAAUUACUGGACUUAGCACAUUCGUUGCUCCUACUGAGGACAUUCAGACUGCUUGUACCAAAGACCUGACAACUGUGGCUGUGGAUGUCAUACUUGAGAAUGAUACAGUGGAUGAAGCUGUUGGUAGUGAAUCACUUCAGUCUUUGUUCUCAGAGUGGGACAAUCCAGUAUUUGCCCGUUAUCCAGAGGUUGCUGUUGAUGUAAGCAGUGGCCAGGCUGAGAGCUUAGCAGUUAAAAUUCACAACAUCUUGUAUCCCUAUCGUUUCACCAAAGAAAUGAUUCAUUCAAUGCAGGUUCUCCAGCAAGUGGAUAACAAGUUUAUUGCCUGUUUAAUGAGCACUAAGACCGAAGAGAAUGACAAGGCAGGUGGAAACCUGCUAGUCUUGGUGGAUCAGCAUGCUGCCCAUGAGCGCGUCCGUUUGGAGCAGCUUAUUAUUGAUUCCUAUGAGAAGCAGCAGCCACAAGUCUCUGGUCGGAAAAAAUUACUGUCUUCUACUGUAAUUCCUCCGCUAGAGAUAUCAGUGACAGAGGAACAAAGGAGACUCUUGUGGUGUUACCACAAAAAUCUGGAGGAUCUGGGCCUUGAAUUUAUAUUUCCAGAUACUAGUGAUUCAAUGAUCCUUGUGGGAAAAGUACCACUCUGUUUUGUAGAAAGAGAAGCCAAUGAACUUCGAAGAGGAAGAUCUACUGUGACCAAGAGUAUUGUGGAGGAAUUUAUUCGAGAACAAGUGGAGCUACUCCAGACCACAGGAGGUGUCCAAGGGACAUUGCCACUGACUGUCCAGAAGGUGCUGGCAUCCCAAGCCUGCCAUGGAGCCAUUAAGUUUAAUGAUGGCCUGAACCUAGAGGAGAGCUAUCGCCUUAUUGAAGCUCUGUCCUGGUGCCAGCUGCCAUUCCAGUGUGCUCAUGGGAGACCUUCUAUGCUGCCAUUAGCUGACAUAGACCACUUGGAGCAGGAAAAACAGAUCAAACCCAAUCUUGCUAAACUUCGCAAAAUGGCCCAGGCUUGGCGUCUCUUUGGAAAAGCAGAAGGAUGUGACACAAGGCAGAGCCUGCAGCAGUCCAUGCCUCCUUGUAGCCACCAUGAGGACAGAAUUAUUAAUCCAUAAGGAACCAAAUGGAUGCUAACUGUGUGCCUCUGAACAGAGGGCAUGAGCAGCACAUACUAGCAUAGCCUUGACUGAACCAGCCCAGUGCACCUGAGCAACUUCAAAAUGGCGGGGCCCUUUCUGUCAGUCUUUCUUGAGCACAUGAGUAGCCAGAUGCGAUUCGAGCCUGAAGACAGUUUAUUCAUUUGCAUUCAUGGACACAGGAGGUUGCCUUAUAAUAUCAAUCUUUUCUAACUUAUUCGGGGAUAAUAUUUAAUGCUUAACUGUCUGAUUGGUUGUUUGAGGGGUGUGGUUUUUGUGCAAUCUUUUUCAACCUUCAAAUUUGCAUUUAUGUAAUUUAAUCGGUACUAAACUCCAAGGGAUAGUGUGCCUUCCUAGACUGCCCGUGUUUCUCCAGUAGUUCCCUCCUUUCCCUUCAGUCUUCACUUCUCUCUGCUUCUUCUUUACAUUCUAAAUCUCAGAGUUAAGGAGUUUCUCUGCUCUCAAUAAAGACAUUACCUGGGGUCUUCCAUCAGGCCUUGAGUUAAAUUUUAUUUUAGAAAUAAAAACUAUUGAUAAAAAAAAAGGACAAGGAUAGAAAAGAG